GAAGCCGGCCCUCCUGCCCUGGGCUCUGCUGCUGCUGGCGACAGCCCCCGGCCGGGGCCCUGGGCCCACAGCAGGCUGGGCCCCUGCUGGAAUUGUCCUUCUCCCCAGAAAGGAAGGGAGCACCCCUGGCCUCCUCCCCGCAAGGGCUGGGCUCUCGAUUUCAGCCUCCGGGCAAGUGAGAUGCCCAGGAGAGCUGCUCCCUGCGCUGUGGGCAGCCGGAAGGGCCGUGCUCCUGCCACCCGACCUGCACCGGCCUCAGCACCUGCUGCUCGGAUUUCCGGGACUUCUGCUUGGAGAUCUCGCCCUACUCAGGCUCCCUGAUGGGCGGCAAGGACUUCGUGGUGCAGAAGCUCAACAGCUCCACAGACAGCGUCGUGAUCUGCAGGUUUAAAGAGAGCAUCCAGACCCGUGGCCACAUAGACUCCUCCGGGCAGGUGCACUGCGUGUCACCCCUGCUCUACGAGAGCGGCCGCAUCCCCUUCACUGUCUCGCUGGACAAUGGCCGCUCCUUCCCUCACGCGGGCACCUGGCUGGCAGUGCACCCCAACAAGGUGUCAGAAACAGAGAAGAGCCACCUGGUGAACGAGACCCGCUGGCAGUACUACGGCACGGAAGGCACCACAGGCAACCUGAGCCUGACCUGGGACACCUCGGCGCUGCCCGCACAGGCCGUCACUAUCGAGCUGUGGGGCUACGAGGAGAUGGGGAGGCCGUACUCCGGGGAGUGGACAGCGAAGUGGUCAUACCUAUACCCCCUGGCCUCAAACAUCUCCAACUCUGGCUUCUUCACCUUCACCCCGGAACCUGCGUCCCCCAAACACCAGGAGUGGAAAGUGGGUGCACUCCGCAUCACCGACAGCAGGAACUACCCAGGGCAGAAGGACGUGCAGGCGCUCUGGACCAACGAUCACGCGCUGGCCUGGCACCUGGGCAGUGACUUCCGGGAGGACCCCGUGGCCUGGGCCCUCGCUCAGUGCGGGGCCUGGGAGCAGCUGGAGGACCAGCUGCCCGACUUCCUGGAGGAGCUGCCCGACUGCCCCUGCACCCUGGCACAGGCCCGGGCCGACUCCGGCCGCUUCCACACGGACUACGGCUGUGACAUAGAGCAGGGCAGCGUGUGCACCUACCACCCAGGGGCCGUGCACUGUGUGCGCUCCGUGCAGGCCAGCCCCCGGUACGGCGCGGGCCAGCAGUGCUGCUAUACGGCCGAUGGCACCCAGCUCCUGACGGCUGACUCCAGCAGCGGCAGCACCCCUGACCGGGGCCACGACUGGGGUGCACCCCCUUUCCGCACGCCGCCCCGCGUGCCCGGCAUGUCCCACUGGCUCUACGACGUCCUCAGCUUCUAUUACUGCUGCCUCUGGGCACCUGCCUGCCCCCGCUACAUGCAGCGCCGGCCCUCGAACGACUGCCGCACCUACCGGCCCCCGCGCCUGGCCUCCGCCUUUGGAGACCCCCACUUCAUCACCUUCGACGGCACUAAGUUCACGUUCAACGGGCGGGGCGAGUACGUGCUGCUGGAGGCGGCGCUGACCGACCUGAGAGUGCAGGCGCGGGCCCAGCCCGGGCUGACUCCCAACGGCACGCAGACCCGCGGCACGGGGCUGACCGCUGUGGCCGUCCAGGAGGACGACUCGGACGUGGUGGAGGUCCGGCUGGCCCACAGGGCCGGGGCCCUGGAGGUGCUGCUGAACCAGGAGGUGCUCAGCUUUGCCGAGCAGAGCUGGAUGGACCUGAAGGGCAUGUUCCUGUCAGUGGCUGCCCAGGACAGGGUCUCAGUCAUGCUGGCUUCGGGGGCUGGCCUGGAGGUCGGCAUUCAGGGCCCGUUCCUGAGUGUGUCCGUCCUGCUGCCCGAGAAGUUCCUCACCCACACCCGCGGCCUCCUCGGGACGCUCAACAGCGACCCCACCGACGACUUCACCCUUCGCAGCGGGCAGGUCCUGCCCUCAAGCGCCAGUCCCCGGGAUCUGUUCCAGUACGGGGCCGACUGGGCCGUGCACAACGCUUCCUCCCUGCUCACCUACGACUCCUGGUUCUUGAGGCGCAACUUCCUGUACCAACCCAGGCACGACCCCACCUUUGAGCCCCUCUUCCCAGGUGAGGCCGCCCUCAGCCCCAGCCUGGCUCUUGAGGCGGCCGAACUCUGUGGGGACGAUCCUUUCUGCAACUUCGACGUGGCGGCCACUGGGAACCUGAGCACCGGCAACGCCACGCGGGCCGCCCACCUGCUGCACCAGCACCGCGCGCAGAGCCUGCAGCCGGUGGUGUCCUGUGGCCGGCUGGCCGCUCCCCUCAACGGGCACAAGGACAGCAUCAGGUACCUGGUGGGCUCCACCCUCCACUUCCACUGCCACAGCGGCUACAGCCUGGUCGGGGCAGACACCAGCACCUGCCAGGCCGACGGCACCUGGUCCACACCCACCCCGGAGUGCCAGCCAGGACGGAGCUACGCGGUGCUGCUGGGCAUCAUCUUCGGAGGCCUCUCGGUGGUGGCCGCAGUCGCGCUGGCCUACGUGCUGCUGCGCCGCUGGAGGGGCAGCAUGCACAGCUGGGGCUCACAGCCCUGACCCGCCUCCGGGAGAGCCGCGGCCUCGCGCACCCAGUCCUGCGGCUCCUGCCGCCCCAGGGCUGCGCAGCCUGGACCCCGACACCUGGCACCCGGGCCUUUAGAACCCUUCUCUGUCAUCUCGGACCCGAGGCUGGAGGCCCGGUGCCCCAACGCCUGUGCUGUCAGCGCUCCGUUCUCUGUCCUCAGAUACUUUUGGCUUUGAGGCCCCAGACCUGAGCCUCCAGGCCCUGGAGUCCUGAGCCCAGCACCGCCGCCCCUGCCACCUCGCUGCCCGUAGCCCGCGUCUGGUCCCUGAGAGGCCGAGACCUGUGCCCCACCGUGGGGCCAGAGCAGAGCUGCCUGGGUCCUGGACGCCCAGGCUCAGCCCGAGACCCCAGGGAGGCCCAGCCCUGGGCGAGGAGAGGCCUCAGGACGCCAGAGCAGAGCACGAAUCCCGGGGGAGGGACCGCCCUCUGCCCGCCAGGCUUGUUAACUCUAACUUUCCUGGAAGGUCACUCAGGAACACCCCUCCCUGCCUGUACAAGGAGAAAACAAGCCCCUUGUGUUCCUUCCCUGGUGUCCAUGCUGCGCCUUGGUUCCAGAGAGUUCCACAAUCACCCCAUGGGGCCACCCACCAACAGCACCCAGGGUGACCUGGGUCUGAGUCCUCCUGUUCAUCCCCACCCAGGUCACUGGGAUGCGCUGCCCCUCCCCAGCCUCCCUCUGUGUCAAGUGGAUGAGAACAGUGACCCGGGGUGGGCCAGGCCUGGGGGUGUGCUAGCCAUGGUCCCGGCCACCUCCCAGCCCCUCCCCUGUGCAGGCGCCAGCCUCUUCCCCCAGCCCUGGCCUUCCUUGGAAGGGCUGCCUGCGCCUUGGCAAGCUGGCCUGGUCCCCAGCCCUGCCUGGCUCUGCCCGGUGAGCUGGCACCUUGGCUGGGGGCAGUCACUAGCAGGGCCACAUCUGAGUCCUUGCCUUCGCCCAGGGCUGGGUGCAGAGCCCAGACCUCGUGCCACAGCAGCUGGCUCAGCACCUGCCCUCCUGUGGCGUUAGGUGUGGCGGGGAGGGGACUACACAGAUGCACAGGCCCCAAGGCCUCCUCCGUGGAGAGGGUGGUGAUUGGGGGCAGGGCAGGACUGUUGGGACCAGGUGGGGGGGGCUCGCAUGGCCUGCAGCACUGGGAGUGGCCACGCGGUGGCAGCAGAGGGCAGGAGCACAGAGGAGGCGCAGGCAGAAGGCCUGCCCGCAGCUGGGCCGGGGCAGGGUCCCACCCUCUGCCCGCCAAGGUCUUCGCAUGGCCCACUCCUCCGCUUCCCCUCACCUGGGAGGGCCGCCCGGUCAUCCCCCAGCCUCAGGAGUGUAGGAGAGGUUGCACAGGUCACCCCAGGUCAUCAGGCCGCUCAGUCUUGCCCGUGGUGAAGGGUCCGGGCCAGAAUCGGGAAAACUGGGUGGCAGGGGCAGGUGUGGUCCAGAGGGCUUCCUGGAGGAGGUGAAUGUGCACAGUGGGGGCAAGUGCGUGGGAAUAGCUAAGAGUGAGGGUUCGGGGGCACCCAGGACGCUAGAGGGGGAUGGGUGGGUGCUUCCUGCCUAGCCAGGUCCCCUGCUCCAGGCUCACAGCUGCAGCAGGGUGGGCUGCGGCCUGCCGCUUGGCCGCUGGGCAGGUACUUUCCUCCCUGCAGAUGAGGUAAGGCGGGCUUUGCUCACCCCAGGCCAGGGCUCGGGUGAGAGGCGAGGUGCCUGGUCUGGGCCUGGCGUGUGGGAGCAGGCAGAGGUUUGCUGGGGGCCCAGGGGGGCAGGGGCGGCCUCGAAGCUCAGCAGGUCCACCAGACGGUGCCCCAGACAAGGACAGCCCCGAGACAGGUGAAUAGACAGGUGGAUUCUCAGGGCUCUGACUGGUUGGAGAGGACGUUCCAGGCAGAGGACCAGCCUUGGCAAAGGCUCCGAGGAAGACCUGGGCAGGUGUGUCUUAGGAACAGCGGGUGGGGCCGGGGCCAACCAAGACCUCCCCUACCAGGCCAAGGCGUUCAGACCUCACCCUAAGAACAAGGCAUGGCCUGCUUUUUGUGCGGCAAAUUUAAGCUAAAAAGAAAAUAAUAUAUAUUUAAAAAGUACGAUCUGCCUCGGGUUCCCUCCGCCCCCACCAGCCUCCCUCCAGCCUGGGCUCCCCUCCCCUGCAGGAGGAAGGGUGCCCUGUCUGUGGCCCCGGCCCCGGCUACCCAGUGCCAGGGGUAGCCCGGGCCGGGAAGCCCCGCCACCUGGCAGGGGCUUUUCCAGGGGAGCAGGACACAGGCUGGGCGUGUGCAAGGUGGGGACCCGAAGCCGGUGCGGCCGUCUCAGUUCAGCAGCUCCAGGGCGUGGAGGACGGGCAGCUGCGGGAGCUCGUGGCCCAACCCCAAGGGGUUGGAAUGACAGAAAUAUGGAAGUCGUGGUGUCGGCGUGGUGGUGCCAGUCGAGGUGGAGGAAACAGUAACCCAAGGACUUGAAAACAUGCUGGCGACAGAGCUGGGGGCAGGGGGGUCAAAUAGAAACUGGUGGGACACCCACAGGGUCCCAGCACCACCCCGGGGCGGAGGGACACUUACCUUUCUCUUCUCCAGCCAGGGCAACCCAGAAGUGUGUCCGGCUGCUGGACUUAGCCUUGGCCCAAAUAAACUCUCCAUAGGAA